GUCUGGAGUGGCGGGACGCGGCUGUGGCGGCGGUGCCUAGCUGGUGUGGGAAGCCAAGGUAGGAAAGGCGAACUCGAGUGGGUGGUGAGAGGCCAGUCGAGUCCGUGGGAGCCUGGGAAGCUGGAGAGGAGCGAGACAGCCAGGGUGCGCUGCGCGCUCUGCGCUGCCCGGGCCGGGGCGGACGCGUGCGGUGUCUUUGAGUCCUCGGAGAGGCGCCCCAGCCCCUGCAGAGAUCUUGCUUGCCUGAGCUCCGGGACCAGGACACCCAGAGCCAGGAGGUUGGCGGAGAGGCACCAGAGAAAGAAAACACCGAUUUGGAGAGUCCGCCUAGGGGAGACGCAGAGCCUGAACGGAUGGAGGAACAAUGCCGCCUCCAGAAGCAAAGCCUUUCUUGAACCUUCGCUGGAGUGUGGAGCCGGCUUUCUGCUCUGUUCUCCCUGGGCCUUGAGGCUACUUCUGGGCUUGGUUCCGCCUCUUAGUUUGACAGGAAUUAGAAAGUUGCUCUUCUUCUCUGUAACGUUUCCUGCGAGGUGGCUUUCAGAUCUGCGUGCUGGUUCGAGUCAAGAUGUCACUUUCUAGAUCCCCGCGAGGAGCGACUAAUAGAUUAUGCAUUGUUGGGCAAUAAACUCUCCGGGGAAGAGAGGGGUAGUCCACGGAAACGUUUAAUCCGGUCUUCACUGACUCCUGCCUGCCUCAGCACAAUGCCUUAAAAUCACCUGAUGGCAAGGUCUGCUCCUCUGCCUGGAUUUAUUUCCUAGAAUCUGUGAACUUUCAUGGCAUCAAAAUCAUGGAGCUUGUUCUAGUUUAAUAUAGACCCACGGUUAAUUGGAUUUGAUUGAUAAAAGGGAAAUCUACAGCCAAUGGCCUCUCCCACCACACUGCUGCUAUGGAAAGCAGACCGGUCAAUAGGAGAUGGUCUGAUGAGUAGUGAGGAUUGAAGAUGCCGCUUCAACCUGUGGGAAAUCAAUGGGAGAUCCUUGCUGCGUGAAGGGUACCUCGAGCUUUCCUUCCCAGGCUAACAUUUGAGAAGCUGGAGGUGCAUUCUACCAUCGUUUCAAGGUUCCCAAGUGGAUACAGAUAUAUUUGCCUCACUCUACCAGAGAGCUAGACAACUAAUGUGGGACCAUGGCACAUCCCAGAAGCAUGUGGCCAAAUUAUGUUUGGAGAGCCAUGAUGGCUUGUGUGGUACACAGGGGGUUGGGCGCCCCGUUGACUCUCUGUUUGUUGGGAUGUUUGCUGCAGACUGUCCACGUGCUCUCUCAAAAAUUGGAUGAUGUAGACCCAUUGGUUACCACUAACUUUGGCAAGAUAAGAGGAAUUAAGAAAGAACUCAAUAAUGAAAUUUUGGGGCCUGUCAUUCAGUUUCUUGGGGUUCCAUAUGCUGCUCCACCAACAGGUGAACAUCGUUUUCAGCCUCCAGAACCACCGUCUCCCUGGUCUGAUAUCCGGAAUGCUACUCAAUUUGCUCCUGUAUGUCCCCAGAAUAUCAUUGAUGGCAGAUUGCCUGAAGUUAUGCUUCCUGUUUGGUUCACUAAUAACUUGGAUGUGGUAUCAUCAUAUGUACAAGACCAGAGUGAAGACUGCCUAUACUUAAACAUCUAUGUCCCAACUGAAGAUGUAAAAAGAAUAUCCAAGGAAUGUGCCAGAAAACCCGGCAAGAAAAUAUGUAGAAAAGGAGGUCCCCUUACAAAGAAACAGACAGAUGAUUUAGGUGAUAAUGACGGUGCUGAAGAUGAAGAUAUUCGGGACAGUGGGGGUCCAAAGCCAGUGAUGGUGUACAUCCAUGGUGGCUCUUACAUGGAAGGCACUGGAAAUCUAUAUGAUGGGAGUGUCUUGGCAAGCUAUGGCAACGUGAUCGUCAUCACAGUCAACUAUCGGCUUGGGGUACUUGGUUUCUUGAGCACAGGGGAUCAGGCUGCCAAAGGAAACUACGGGCUCCUUGACCUCAUCCAGGCCCUAAGAUGGACUAGCGAGAACAUUGGGUUCUUUGGUGGUGACCCCUUGCGAAUCACUGUGUUUGGAUCAGGCGCUGGGGGCUCAUGUGUCAACCUGCUGACUUUAUCCCAUUAUUCUGAAGGUAACCGUUGGAGCAAUUCAACCAAAGGACUUUUUCAACGAGCAAUAGCUCAGAGUGGAACAGCCCUUUCCAGCUGGGCUGUUAGUUUCCAGCCUGCAAAAUAUGCUCGAAUGUUGGCCACAAAGGUUGGCUGCAAUGUGUCAGAUACAGUGGAGUUAGUGGAAUGCCUACAGAAGAAGCCUUACAAAGAACUUGUCGAUCAAGAUGUGCAACCAGCCCGAUACCACAUAGCCUUUGGACCUGUGAUCGAUGGUGAUGUAAUUCCAGAUGAUCCUCAGAUACUCAUGGAACAAGGAGAGUUCCUCAACUAUGACAUCAUGUUAGGAGUUAACCAAGGGGAAGGGUUGAAGUUUGUUGAAAAUAUAGUAGAUAGUGAUGAUGGUAUAUCAGCCAGUGAUUUUGACUUUGCUGUUUCUAAUUUUGUUGAUAAUUUAUAUGGAUAUCCUGAAGGGAAAGAUGUUUUGAGAGAAACCAUAAAAUUCAUGUAUACUGACUGGGCUGAUCGUCAUAACCCCGAAACCAGAAGGAAGACGUUGUUGGCAUUGUUUACAGACCAUCAGUGGGUAGCACCUGCUGUGGCUACAGCAGACCUUCACUCAAACUUUGGUUCGCCUACAUACUUCUAUGCCUUCUAUCAUCAUUGCCAAACAGAUCAAGUUCCAGCUUGGGCUGAUGCAGCUCAUGGAGACGAGGUUCCCUAUGUGCUGGGGAUCCCCAUGGUUGGCCCGACAGAGUUAUUCCCUUGCAAUUUCUCCAAGAAUGAUGUGAUGCUGAGUGCAGUAGUAAUGACAUAUUGGACGAAUUUUGCUAAAACGGGUGAUCCAAAUCAACCAGUUCCUCAAGAUACAAAAUUCAUUCAUACCAAGCCCAACCGCUUUGAAGAAGUAGCAUGGACCAGAUAUUCCCAGAAAGACCAACUUUAUCUCCACAUUGGCUUAAAACCAAGAGUCAAAGAGCAUUACAGAGCCAAUAAGGUAAACCUCUGGUUGGAGCUGGUACCUCAUCUGCAUAAUCUCAAUGACAUUUCUCAGUAUACCUCGACAACAACGAAAGUGCCAUCCACAGACAUCACUCUCAGACCGACCAGGAAAAAUUCCACACCUGUCACGUCAGCUUUUCCUACUGCCAAACAGGAAGAUCCCAAACAGCAACCGAGUCCCUUCUCGGUGGAUCAGAGGGACUACUCCACAGAGCUGAGUGUCACCAUCGCCGUGGGGGCGUCUCUGCUGUUUCUGAACAUCUUGGCUUUUGCUGCCCUGUACUACAAGAAGGAUAAGCGGAGACACGAUGUCCACCGGAGGUGUAGCCCUCAGCGCACAGCCACCAAUGACCUGACCCAUGCUCCAGAAGAGGAAAUCAUGUCCCUCCAAAUGAAGCACACUGACUUGGAUCAUGAGUGUGAGUCCAUCCAUCCACACGAGGUGGUUCUUCGGACCGCCUGCCCCCCAGAUUAUACCCUAGCAAUGAGGAGGUCACCUGAUGAUGUUCCUUUAAUGACACCAAACACUAUCACAAUGAUUCCCAACACUAUACCAGGGAUUCAGCCCUUACACACAUUCAAUACAUUUACUGGAGGACAGAACAAUACACUGCCCCAUCCCCACCCCCACCCCCAUUCACAUUCAACAACCAGGGUAUAGCCAGAUGAGAGAGACAAACUGCUUUUUUUUUCUGAUGGAGUGCAGUAAAGAUUAUUGAAGAUUCCUUGGCUUUCAACUUGGAAGACUCUCACUAUUUAAUUAAGGAGGAAUAUUAUGUGAAUAUACAUAUCAAGAACUUUGGGGGUUUUGAGAAAUGAACUGUAUAUAGAUAUACACACAAAUCAACUUUAAAAAAACAAAUUUCAAUUGCUUGAAGCAAUUGUUCUGAAUGAUACUUUUUCAUUCACAUUCAAGAAUUAAUUUGUUGAAGAUUUAAGUUACAUACUGGAGUUAGGCAUGUGGAACACCAAACAGGAAAGUACUGUGUCUGAAAUACCUAAAGAAAAAAAAAAAAAAAGGAAAAGAAACGAAACGAAAAUCAACUAUGAAUAUGCACAAGGGACACACCAGUGGAAUGUCAGAUAAUUUUCGUCAGUUUUCAUUUGGAGCCCUUUUAUUGUGUAGACCAUAUUUGCAUAAGUACACAGAGCACCGAUGCUAUUAAUGACAUAGCAAAGGCUCAUGCUGAAUAUUGCCAGUAAAACAAAGAAGUCUACAGACUGGCAGGCACAACAUUAUCACAUAAGUGCUGUCAGUACUAAGUCGUGGGAAUCAAGGAGACUGGAUAUUUUUAGCACGAUGUGCAUGAUAAUUUAUAUGCUUGGUGGCUGUGCUGCUGAUUAAGACGUAAUUAAAAUCUUCUCAUCCCAUUGGAGUUUUUAAUAGGAACUUCCUCCAUCAAUUGGCAGAACCUAAAGAAGAUUUUAUAAGGGGCAAAAGUAAUUACAAUAAAAUAAUUUGCAGUAGUUUCGAUAAUAGAGGGAAUAGUUAUUAAAGUCUAUGGAGAAACUAUAGGUACAGAGGUGAAUACUCACUGAUAUGAGUCCCAGAAAAAUUUCUUUGAGUUUAUUGUUCUUUUCAUCCCCAUAGAAGUAAUUUAUAGAAAUACACUCUAAUUGGACACGUGUUAGCUGCAGAUCUAUAAUUUGCUGCGGGUUUGUUACUCUGAAGUUUGUCCCUUUAGGUCAGGUGAAGUGCCACAGUUUUUCAGGGUGUAAGGAUGCCCCAAUAGUACCGCUCUGAUUACAGUCUUCAGUUAAUUGAUUUACUCAUGUUGCAUGGCAAAAUGUUUACUACUACUAAUUCAAUAUCAAGUUCAGUCCCCUUCACACUGCUUCUCUUUCUCACGGAGGUUCACCUGAAUUUCCUCAUGAGAUCUCAGUAGAGGACAAGAUAGGUGCAGAAGCUAGGGCAGUCAACAGCUGGAGGGUUCGUCUUUCACACAUGUGCAAUUUCAAAUGAAUUAUCUAAGACCACAGGAAACUCUGAAACCCUGUUGUUUACCAGUAAUAUCAGUAUACCACAGACCUUUCCAAAUGUUUGUAUAUGUAAUCAGAUGUACAUUUAUAUUAAAGAUGAGAUGGACUUAAAGAGCACAUCCUGAUAAAAUGAUUUCUCUCUUAUCUGUACUAUAUUUCUAUUAGACUAAAGUUAUGUGAUUUUUUUUUACCUUUUUUCAGAUGACUAGCAAUUUUGAUAGUUUGUAAGAUAACGCAAAGGACUUUCUCUGACUAACUGAAGUAACAGAAACCUUUCUUUCCAGCUACCCUUUUUCAAGAAUUGAAAGCUUAUUAUACAAAAGAAAUCACUUGUAUACUACUUGAUGGGAAGGACUUUGUGUAUCUAUCUCGACCACGUCAGUGGUCCCUGGGGGAAAUGAAGAUAAUCUGGAUAAUGACAAUUAGACAACUGCUAAGAGACAUGGUCUUUGUCAUUAAAAAGCUAAAAUGUUUGUUGUUGUUUUGUCUUUUAUUUUGUUUUUCCAAAAAAGAAUUCUAAAACAAAAGAAACAAGAGUGUCUCAGAGUCAUUUUUCUAGAGUGGUCUGGGUUUGGAAGACAUCUAGGCAACUGCAGAAAACAUAGCUGUGUUCUGAAAAGCAGGUCUCCUUUCAAAUGAGACUCUAGAAACUUCAGUGCCACUAGCUUAGAAAUCUCAGUAUUCACAAAAAACAUUACCUUUGUGAUUUUAAAUAUCCUUCCCCCAAGGCACCAUUCAAACAUGGCGCCCAUUACUUUCACUUAAAAACACAAGCUCUUACGUUGUUCACCAGGGGAAAAAUCUACCGGAAAAGAGAAAUAAAGGUGAAAUAUUUCAUGAAGUAAGUUAUCUCUGCUCAUAAUACAGAAUGGUUAGAUGAGGAUACAUUUAAAAAGUGCUCUCCUUCAAGAGAAUUUGCAAGUGCUAAGAAAGAUAUUGAGCUAACACUAAAAGAUAAAAAUCUACUUCAAGAAACUUAUAUGAUUAUAGCUUCUACUCCAAAGUACUAAAUAUCAAUAAAAUGUUAAGCAUUGUUCCACUUAACAUACCGUCUCUGUCAUAAGCAAAGUCUGCAACAUCCAGAGUACUCUACUUGGCAUUGUUGACUGUGCUGAUCACUCUUUGGACUUUGAGCUGCCCCUGCAAACCAACGAGAAGAGCUGGGUAGCAGCUGAAGCACUCUUUAGUGGUCAGACUGACUUGCACUGUAUUAGGCAAACAGUGCGAUCAGAAACAGAAGUGACAGCAAAUAAGUUGUGAAUGGCGACUUUCAUGGUCAUUAAUUCCUUCAUCCCGUGACGUCUCAGUGGUUGCUCUGUUUCUAUCUUGUUAUGAAAACAUACUACAUUUCUCUAGUGUCUACUUUUUGACAGGACAGUUUCUGCUCCGUGUUCAUUUAGGGGAAUAUUUUAGAAAAUAGACCACAGCCUGAUUGUCUUCUGGAACUGAAGGCAAACAAAGCAAUCGGUUUUGGGGCCUGCCCUCUAGGGGUGCGGCUAAGGGAUUGGGAAACAGUGUGAGCAGCUAGUGGGGUUUGUUUUUACAAACUCUGGCUUCCAGAACAUAAAAUGAUGUCUUGUAUUAACUGUCUGCAAAGCUGAAAUAUAGUUUUAAAUAAAAACAAACAUUUGGCAUUUUUAUUCAGUUUUACCUAUUGUGUUUGAUUGUAUUUAUCUAGAAGAUAAUUUCCCUGGGGGGUGGGUAAAGAGAAUACUAAAUUAAAGAAAUAUUUUAACAUUAUUAAUCAAUUCAUAUUCUCUUGAUUGAAAUUAAAUAACAACAAAACAAGUACAGGACUGUGAGAACUCAGAAAAACGUCAAGGCAAAAUAAACUUGUUUGGCAUUUUAUUUCUCUAUAAUUUUGCCAACAUUCAUCAAAAGAUUUAUGUUGCUUUCAGUAUGAGCUUAGAAAUGUGGAGAUACCAGAUUUAAUAUUUAAAAUGUCAUGAAAUAGCAUAUGUAAUGUUAAAUGUGGAUAAAAUCUAGUUUGCUAUAAAUAUCUAAUAAAUUUGAACACUACCAUUUAUGUCAUUUGGAAUAUAAUUUUCUGAAUCAUCACAAAUAUCCAAUUUAGAGACAUUUUUAGCUCAAAGCAGAAAUUAUGUUAUUCAUUUUAAAUCUAAAAGUUGAUCCAGCACAUACUUUAGUGAAGACAUUUGACACAUAGGAAAGGGAAAAAAAAAUAGCAACACAAACUUUAAAAGAAUUUCUAAGGAGUCAAAGUGCACAGUGUUAUUCUGUUACCCAUGUGGGAUGCCUAUCUUCAAAUUCUCUACCUGUACUUCCAACAGUAAUGAUUUCACUGGUUGGUAUAGUCAGCCUGACAUGCAUAUAAACAUUCAGAAAGGAGACAGACAAUGGGGCAACUACCCCAGCCUUACAAGAGUUGAAGCUUCAGAAACACUGGUGUCUUUUCUUUGGCAAGUCUCACUGAAGUAUUUUCACACAGCCAGAUGAUGAAUGGAAUUCCUCGGAUGCUGUCAAUUACCAUGACAGUCCUUUGAUGCUUGUAAUUUUGUUUACUUCUGUGUGAUUGGUUCACACUGCUGGCCUUUUAUUCCCAGUAAUUAGCUGUUAUAGACUAUCACUUUUUAAUGUGAACGAAAAUUUGAUAAUUUGGUUAUACUUGCUCCCACAUAAAUUUAAUUAAUGAGCACAUCCCUGCUGAGAUUUUGUUAUCAUCCAUUUAAUUACCUUGCCAAGUUUUCUUCAUUUAUUGGUCACUAUAGUAAGGGGAGGUCUCCUGCACUGGGCGUGUGAACAAUAAAAACUCCAGAUUUUCCUUAAAACUCGAAGUUUCCAACUGAUGUAUAACAUCAUUGGGCUGACUUGACUCUUUCCUUUAAAUUAUGGUUUGGUUUUAAUCUAACAUUUAGCUGUAUUUUUAUUUAAGUCAGAAAUAAAUUCUAUUUGUUUAGCAUUACACAAACACAAACUGUAAAAACCUUGUACAGCUUUUAAGUGA